AUGAUUUUCCCUGGCCAAGAGGAUGGGCCACAAGGCUGGCCGCAGGUGGAGGCUUUCCAAGCCCGGCCAGACGACCUGCUCGUCGCCACCUACCCUAAAUCGGGCACGACGUGGCUGAGCGAGAUCCUGGACAUGAUCUACCAGGACGGUGAUGUGGAGAAGUGCCGACGGGAUGCCAUCUUCAACCGGGUGCCCUUCCUGGAAAUGAAGGCCCCCCAGAUGCCGAGCGGCGUCGAGCUGCUGGAGAAAACCCCAUCCCCGCGGCUGGUGAAGACCCAUCUCCCCAUCCAGCUCCUCCCGACCUCCUUCCAGGACAAGGACUGCAAGGUCAUCUACAUGGCCCGCAACCCCAAGGAUGUCGUCGUCUCCUACUACUACUUCUACCAGAUGGCCAAGAUGCACCCCGACCCUGGCACGCUGGGCGAGUUCCUGGAGACCUUCAUGGCUGGCAAAGUGGCCUAUGGGUCCUGGUAUGAGCACGUGCGGGGCUGGUGGGAGAAGAAGCAGGAGAAGCAGCUCCUCUACCUUUUCUAUGAGGACAUGAAGAAGGACCCACAGCAGGAGGUGCAGAAGAUCUUGCGGUUCCUGGGCAAGGAGGUGGCGGAGGAGACGGUGGCGAGGAUCCUCCACCACACCUCCUUUCAGGAGAUGAGGAAGAACCCUGCUGCCAACUAUGAGACCAUGCCCACCGCCCUGAUGGACCACAGCCUCUCCCCCUUCCUCCGGAAAGGGAUCUCCGGGGACUGGAAGAACCACUUCACCGUGGCCCAGAAUGAGCGCUUCAACCAGCACUACCAGGAGCACAUGGCAGGCUCCGACCUCCGCUUCCAGAUGGAGGCGUGA